AUGGCGCUCGACCCGCUCACCCUCCGCCGCGCCCUGAAUGUCGUUCCUUCUCCAGGCCCUUCCCGGUCCUUUGCUCCUCUCUGGGCCGCUGGCUUCAUGCUCAAGGGACGUGGCUCCGCCCCCUGCGUGCUCGCAUGCUGCUCUUCUCCGCCUCCUUCUCCCGUGAGGAAGAGGCCGGACGUGGUGGUCACGAGGGAGCAGGGGAAGAAUGGAAAGCUCAUCAAUGCGCUGGUAUCGGCUCUAUAGUUCAUAUUUGUUUCUGCGACUGUCCAUAUGUACCACCUCCUCGUGAUCUUCUAAUUCCUCUUGUUAGUUGAUAUCUCUUUUUUUGGUGUUUGACUGUCGGGAUGAGUGCUACUUGCUCGUUGGUUUAUUUUUUUCUUCUUAUAGAACCUUAUUUCGGUUUUCCUCUGUGUCUGCAACGCUAUUGCAGAGCUUUCCUUCGUCUUUUGAUAAUGAGCAGCUCACCUCUGGCUUAGUCAGUACGUUUUAUCCCAUUGGCUUCCUCAUUGUUGACGAUACGUAUCCCAUGAUAACGCAUCCUUGAGAUUUAGAUCAACCUCAGAGAGGAUUUUCCGAGGGUUUCAUGCCAGGCUAUCGUUUCCAGAACUGUCUUCUUAAUUUUGUCUUCUCUUUUGUGGUUGAUUUGACUACGUUAGGUAAAAUCAGUUUCUUCGGGGGCCGACCCUGCAACCUUGCUUACUAAGAUGAGGCAAGAAGGAUUUUGAAUGCAGAAGAGCCACUCCAGUAUUAGUGUGAUGAAACAUUCAUUAUAAUCUCUGCAUUGAAUCGUUCUUUUGACAGACUUUGUUUAAAGUGUAAUGAGCACAUAUUGCACUAAAUAAUUGCUUAGAACUUUCCAAUGACAACCUUUUUGCCGUCAGAAAACGAAACGCGACACGUCUGAGAAAUCAUCAUUUUCAUUUUCGUGUUCAAACUGUAGGGCAAAUACAAUGUUCAUUGCUUGGAGGUCCCUCUGGUUAUGCACACCCAAGGACCCGACACUAGCAGGCUUCCAUCUCUAUUAAGAGGUACUUACUUCAGCCUCAACGCCUUCAUUGACCAUUUUUCUUGUUUGCUGUUUGAUUCUUCUUACUGUGACUCUGGUGCAUCUUGUGGAAUUUCUGUUUUGAAUGAUUAUUUUUCUGUAACAUGGGGAACACUUCGAUGAGCUCUGUUCGUAUAUGAGAGAUCUGAUAGUGAAAAUGAGGUUCUUUAUGGAGUAAGAAGUCUGCUAGCAACUAAUUGCUUUGCUCGUGAUAGAAACCUGAAACUGUAGCGUGCUUGGUAUAACCAAGUCUGGCUGAUCUUCUUGAAUGUUCUGACCUUGAUUUGAACCUGUCAUUUGUAAGAAACAGGUUUGUUAAAACCAAUGUUUGGAGACUUGGAACGUUGGAUAAAUCGAGUUGGCCUCCAUGAAUUGGUAGCGGAAUGAGUAAAAUAGUCGCCCUAUUUUUAUAUCAUAUGUUGUGAAUUGAGCCAUCUGGUUCCUGUUUCUUCAGUACACACUGAUCUGUCUAGCUCAGGUAAAUCUGCAGACGGAACCCAAGCAAAACAGAAGACUGACAUGACUGAUACCAGUUGCAUGAGUUGCAUGCGUAUGACAAUCCCUGCGCACUUUAUAGUGUGUGAGGGAUUCAUAUAACCAAUACAUGUGGUUUAAUAACAGAAAUGUUUAAUCACUCAUCAAUUUUCAUCAUUUUUUGGCCCAUAUGUUGACUUGCGUACCUUGAGGUUUGUGAUUCAAAUCCAUUUAAGAUUUCUUUGACCAUAUUCGGCAUAAACAGAGUUGACGGACGGAGGAAUCUUAUGCAUUUCCGAUACUGUUAUGAACCUUCAAUAUGGGAACAUGAACAGGAAAUCAUGGCGCAUGUGUUGUUACUGUGGAAGAGACUUGACUAGUGUUGAUUCAAGGCUGGAUGGUGAAAAUCAUCUAGAAAGUACCAAUACUUUAACAUCAUUUGUUAUCAAAUUAGGCAAAAUGACAACAAAGUGGAUGUGUUACGAGUUUUCAAUUUUUUAAUUUUUUUUAAUGGAUGCCUCGUCAAAACAUAUCUAACCUUUUUCUAACUAUAUCAUAAUAAUUUAUGAUGAUCAAUUUCAAGCUGCACAUUUUUAUAUAUUUUUAUUAAUGUUUUACUUUUUCUAGAAAGAGACCCAGCAUUCGCAUUUAGGAAUAUACCUCAUCUACUUUCAAUCAAUUGAAAAGAGUUGCCUUUUUCGAUUGUUUCAUUUCAAGGACCACAGAAAUUGUUGCUCCCUCAUGUGAUUCUAGAUCUUCCCUAUACUAUUGUGUGGAUGGGGUUUUUUUAAUACGUUGAAGAAAUUUAUAUUUUUGGAGUCUCUUGGAGGACACCUUCACGAUUAGCACCAAGAAAUAUUCCUAAAUGAAAAAAACAGGUUAAUUUCAGAAAGAAAAAAGGAUACGCGUAACUGUUUGAAGGCUCACAGUAGGAACAAAGUAUCUGCUUCAUUGUCAAUCAGCUCAUUCAUUGAUGUAGGAUUGAGAACUGUUUCCACACCAGUUUUUUCAUCAUAUUAAUGUAUCCAUAUCUGCAGAAUCUUUUAAAAAGACACGAUUCAGAUGAGGUUUAGUUCCAUGAUCGUGGUUCGUGUGAUAGCUGCCAAUACAUUCCUGCGUAUUGCUCUUCGUUAGCUCCUCAUUUAUCUCUUAAUGUGCCUGCGAUUUGUGUUUUUAAGACCUCUGUAGUAAAUGAUUUUCUUUGAUGUUCAUGUUUGCACAGAGAAAGAGUUUGACUGGAUUGUUAUCACUUCUCCAGAAGCUGGUUCAGUUUUUCUUGAUGCAUGGAAGUAGGUAUUCAUGAAAGAACCUGAUCAUAGGAUUAAUCUUCCAUGCUACAUACCAUGCAUGCCUUAUGUUAUGGUUGUAAUCUCUUAUUAACAUGCCGAUCGAUAUUCACAUCAAAAGCCUAUACCAUGCAUGCUACAUACCAUGCAUAGGAAAAUUUGUGUUGAACCCCCUCACCAUUGAUAUACAUUAUGCAACAAAGAAAUAAUACGUCGAUUUUUAAUUUUUUUUCCAUAAUUUGUGCAUAUGCUCAGGGCUGCUGGCUGCCCAGGAGUCCGACUAGGUGUGGUUGGAGCUGGUACGGCUAGUAUUUUUAAUGAAGUGCUACAAUCCACGGAAAAAUCUCUUGAAGUGGCUUUCUCUCCCUCGAAAGGUUUGUUGAGACAGUUUUUGAAAUAUGGCAACCAAUGAUCCAAUAUUACAUUAAAUUGGGUGCUUUUUGGGCAAGAUUAGCGUUAUAAAAUACUGCAAAUCCUUAACCCUCUUCCAGCCAUCACCAUGAGAAGAAAAUCGUAGAUCCUCCUCUUCCAUUACUGUCAGAUGAUGUUGGAACAUACAGAGAAUUGGGUGGAAGUGUGAUCGGAACCCUACAUCCUUCUCUUAAGCCUUGGAUUCUUUUGUUGGGUCUGAGUCUUCUCAUAUUAAUGUAUAAGAUAUUAGGAAAAUAGUUCAAUUCUCACAAUCCAUUUUAUCAUUUGUUUCAGCAACAGGGAAAGUUCUAGCUUCGGAGCUCCCAGUUCAUGGCCGGGGGACAUGCUCUGUUCUGUAUCCUGCAUCUGUGAAAGCUGGCCAUGAAAUCGGUGAGCACAUAUAUAUUUUCUGGCUUCAUUAAAUUCUUAUUAUCCACGGUGAUGAUGGAAGCGUUGAAUAACCUCUUCCCUCAAAUGAGUCAUUUAAUGAAUUGCCCAUCAUAUUGUAAUGGGUCAGGAAGAUAUUAUUCCAGAUGUUGGUAUUAAUGCUCUAAUAACCUUAUUUUAGCAAAACCCCCUAGGGGUUGACUAUUCAGCAGAGCAGUUCACAAGCUCUGUGUCCUGAAUCAUAGUUCCCCCUGGAAGAAAGAAGUCAACGCUAUUUUUUUCGCCGGAAGAUCAUCACAACCUUGUUUUUCGCCGCUGAUGAGCCCGUUGAUGAUCUUUACUCAUCCACAUUGUUUUUCACCGGAAUGCUCUGUGCAGAGGGAGGCCUCUCUGCGCGUGGAUUUGAGGUCACGAGGCUAAACACCUAUAACACUGUGAGUCCACAAGACCCACCCAUGGUGGAUCUCGGCGCUGUCAGAGUUGACUUGAUCGCCGCUUCCUUGCAGGUUCCAGUCAACGACAUUGACCAGGGGGUUCUAGAAGAAGCUGUUUCUGCUCCUGUUCUUGCUGUUGCUUCCCCUUCUGCUGUCCGGUGAGAUUACUAGGCCAUCGCAUUCAUUCAUCUGUCCACAAAAUCAUUGGUAAUUUUAUAAAAUAUCUUAAUUACUCAGCCUGCGUAUUUUUAUUUUAUUUUAUUUGAAUGGCCCAGUGCUUGGAUGAACCUUGUGGCAAGAGGAGAGGAAUGGGGCAACUCUGUGGCCUGCAUUGGCGAGACGACUGCUUCAGCUGCGAAGAGAUUAGGACUGAAGAACGUGUUCUACCCGAGCAACCCUGGCCUCGAUGGGUACUUCUCUCAGUAAUGCCAUCUUCAUAUUUAUUUAUUUAUUUGUUUAUUUAUCUAUGUGAAGAUAUUGAAAUUCUUAUGACUAAUGAUAGAUGGGUUGAGAGCAUUCUGGAGGCGUUGAGAAGUCAGCAGCAGGUUUAUGUUCUCAAAUUUAUGCCUCUUUUUCUCGAUUUUGCGUUCUAA